UGAGAGGUAGAUGGGCCUGUAACAAUAUUAAAUCCAAUAAAACAUACAAGUGCACAUCCUAGACUCCUAGACUUCGAGUACACCAGAUUUUAUAAGAUAUGUGUUAGGUUUAAGUUCGUAAAGACAUACAUAGUGUUGGAAGAACAAGUAUUCGAUAAAGAUGGUGCUUUCAGCCAGACAUGGUCUAAGAAUUGCAUGUUUCACUGUGUGGAAUGAAUAUAUUUAUCGUGGAUUACGGGGGUUUGCGAGGGGAUAUGUAACUUCAGUUGAGGGAAAUUUAUUGUUACAGUCGGAACCUGGUUCUGUUUUUCGGAGCAUAAAGUUUUCGAAGCAGUAUUGCAGUGAAGCAAAUCGAGAAAAAGAAAACCCUUUAGGUACGAUCUACAAAGUAAAGAAGGAAAUCAAGGAUAUAAAUGGAAGAUCUGUAUCCAAUCCCUUAAUGGAAAGGAUGAAUUAUGUUAGAAAGAGGAUGCAAGGGGGGAGACGAGACAAGAAAGAGCUUAAAGUCAAAGAAGGAGAUAUUAUUAACUUAAUGGACCUUCUCUUUACCGAGAACAGGGAUUAUCUCGUCAAACACAGUGAUGACCUAAAGGUAAAAGCUGAGCACUUGGUAGGAAAGGCUAUACUUUUAUAUUUUGUACCAAUAUGUUCUGAGCUUACCUCAAUGGAGAGGGAGUUGACAACAUCUUUGGUCGACAUAUACUAUGAUUUGCUGCCAAACAAUGAUUUUGAAGUCAUCCUUGUCGCAGUUAAUAAUCUUCGUGCUACCUAUAGUGGGUCUCAUAUCCAGACCGACCCUCGAAAGAAUUUUGAAGAAAUCUUUUCUCAAAUGCCAUGGACUGCCAUACCGUUCUCAGAUAUAGCAUCACGUAAACGCAUAGCAAGAAGAUUUAGCAUCUCAGAAUGUGAUUUUUAUUACACUGUUUCAUUUCUUCUUGAUUCAAAAGGUAUUGUUUUGACAUGCAAUGCUUGUCCAUAUUUUACACGAUAUGGUACUCAAGGUUAUCCGUUCACCGAAGAAAGAAUAAGAGACCUGGAGUCUGGAGAUGAUAGAGCAGCUAAGCAACCCUCUUUGGAAACACUCCUUGGCUCUCCUGUACGUGAUUAUGUCAUCUCAAACAAAGAGGAUAGGGUACCUAUUCACACCCUUAAAGACAAAGUGGUAGCUCUGUAUUUCUAUGAAGAUGGUGUUACUGAUGAAGAGCUCACUGUAAAACUUAAGACUGCUUAUAAGGAGUUAGCGAAAAAUAAGGAAAAAUUUGAGGUUGUACUCCUUUAUCUUUAUGACACUCUCGGUACUAUACAUAGUACAAAUGAAGAAUCAUUUUGGAAAUUUUUUGAAACUAUGCCUUGGUUAGCCCUUCCGUUUAAAGACCCAAAUCAUAAGAAGUUGAAACGGAUUUUCGGUUAUCCAAAUAACUUAUAUGGGCCAGAACCAGUUCCUACACUCGUUAUUUUUGGGCCUAAUGGUAAAUUUGUUGAGCCCUGUGGCGCUGAUAUCUUGAUAAAUUUCGGAAUUUCUGCAUACCCAUUCACUCGGAAUAGACUUGCCAAGUUAGAGACUGAAAAAGUAAAGGAACUGAAGCUGGAGAUGCUCUUGGAUCCAAACACUUUUUUCAAAGUAAAAAAAGACAGGUCAAAGAUAAUGAAAUCGAAACUGGAAAUGCUCGGGGAUCGAAUCAUGUUUGUCAUAGUAAAACAUGUGCUGGAGUUUCUUCCCAACUUUUAUCUGCUUCUGAAACCUAUGAUUCUUGAUAAGAAGGUUCCAUUCUCCCAGCUUGAUGGGAAGAGACUCUUAAUAUAUUUUGAGAUGGGUAAGUAUUACAACCACUUACAGAAACUAAAGUUGAUGAAAGAUAUAUAUCUGCGAAACAAAGGUACAGAUGAUGAGUUUGAAGUGAUUCACAUCAAGAAAUCACCAUCCCAGAAUAAGCAUGUUGAAGAUAUGCCAUGGUUGGUGCAUUAUUAUGGUGAAGGGUAUUCACUUUCAAAGGAGUUGGAGAGUAGUAUUUUUAAUUUUAAUUGUCAUAGUCCCGAGGGGAUUGAAGCUUGUUUACUUCUUGCUUUUGAACGAGAUGGAAGUAUUGUCAGGAAAACAUUCUAUCCUAGUUUUGAUAAUAUGGCAUUUCCUUUUUAUGCUGGUGGUUUGGAGAAAGAGUUCUUUGACCAGUUAAAUCAUGCUUUCGGAUGGUACUACUGGGAGUUCUCUAGCCAGAAGAAGCAGAUAUACAAGAGGAGGCUUAAAUGGGAAAGAGUUCAACUGAUUGACUCUAACCAAAGGUUUUUUUUAUAUUAAUCAAAAUAUAUACAUUAAAUUUGGUUCAGUGUCAUAAAUCUGGGUGUUUGAAUUUUAUCUGUACUUGUAUAUUUUUCAGUUAAUAAAACACGUAAUUAAAUAUAUUUAAACUAGUUUGUUUUGCAUUCA